AUGCUCAAGGCUCUCCACGUCAUCCCGACCUUCUCGGAUAACCCUGCAGCGAACACGCGCUCUAUGCGCGCCUUGGACUACUUUGAUUACGUCCAGAUCUUCCCGGCGGACAAGACCCAGCAUUUUACUCGUAUCCACCAGGCCAGCGGGAUCCCAUACGAAGAUAUGCUCUUUUUCGAUGAUGAGGCGCGGAAUCGCAACGUCCAGACGGAGCUUGAUGUUACCUUCUGCCUCGUUCGUGAUGGCAUGACACGGGAGGAGGUCGACCGUGGCGUCUGGGAAUGGCGGAGAAGGAGAGGCUUCAAGCCCGGGGAACCGAGACACAUAGACACCGAUUUGUCUUUGAUCGGUUAUUAUAACGAGAGAAGUAUUUUGAUACAACGGUCCCCGCGAUUUUUGGAGAAGCUCCGCAAAUAUUUAUUUCCCCGAAGUAGCUACAUCCUGGAACCGCAGCGACUAUUACCACAGUCCACGAACUACCUACCACUCAUACCAACAAAUUCUUCAGAGAAAAAAAUGUCAGAUCCUUCUCAAGCGAGACCAAGCGCGUCAGCGUAUCUAAAACCCCCAUCCGCUGCUAGCGCUCGUCAACACUCACCCAGCAGUCAACACCGCGUCGCAUCAUCAUCAGGAGCUUCCUCGUCCUCUGCUGCUGCUGCACCACCUCCUCCCCGACCACCUCUCGCGAUCCAUCCCACAGCCACGAUAGCCGAGACCGCCGUCAUUCACGGCACACAUCAGAUCUCCAUCGGCCCGGGGACGGUCAUCCACCCGCGCGCCCGCCUCCUCUCAUACGAAGGGCCCAUCCAGAUCGGAGACGGGUGUAUUAUCAGUGAAAAGAGCACGAUUGGAGCAUCUGCCACAGCCCCUAUUACUCCUCCUACCCCUACUCCUACUCCCACUUCCGCGACGGCAUCUGAAUCGUCAGGUGCGGCUACUACGACUAGUACUCCUAUUACGACGCGUCUUUCUUCCUCCGUGACGGUCGGUCCUUACGCCGCCAUCCUGCCAGGCGCCUACGUCCGUUCUGCUUGCGUGAUCGAUUCCCUCGCUGUCGUGAACCGGAAUGCAACGGUGGGCGCACACUCGAAGGUCUGUUCCGGCUGCGAAGUUCCAGAGAAGACGAUGGUCGAGGAUUGGACCGUUGUCUGGGCUGCUGGCGGGGGACUCGGUCAGAGGAGGAGGAAAAGGGUUGUAGAUGCUGCUCCUGCUGCGGCGGCGGCUGCGGCGGCCUCAUCAUCAUCAGCCUUGACGGGAGAAGGUGCAACAACAGCAACAACAGCAGGAGGAGAAGGUGCUACAACCAAGGGAAUUGACGUCGGCAGUCGUCGGCCGGAGGGUAAACGAGUCGAGGAUGCGAGGUUGAUUGUCCUCCAUAAGGAACGGGAAGGGCUCGCGAAGAUGAUUGGAUUGUCGUCCAGUGCGCAGAGGAGGCGAUGA